UACGCAUCAAAAUGAAACGUGUCAUUAUCGAUUGAUUGUACAUCUUACUAUGGAUAACACAUGCACUUAUUGCCAAGAUGUCAUUGACAGUUUGACUGUUGUGUGUUUGGAAUGUUCCUUAUUUCAAUUGUGUAUGGCGUGUUUUAGUCAUGGAGCGGAAAUCGGAGAACAUAAAAAUUGCCAUUCAUACAAACUAAAGAGUCAAAAGUCUGCUGGACAGUACUUCCUGACCAACGAUGGUUGGACCGGCGAUGAACUGUUGCAAGUUUUAGAUUUCGCCGAACAAUAUUCGCUCGGAUGUUGGGAUGAGUUACCAAAGAGUGUAAACCGUACACCAGCUGAAAUUAAAAUGCAGUUUGCCAAACAGUUUUUGGACGGUCCCAUUGGACGGCAGACGUGGAACACGAUAAACAAACCCAAAUUGGAAGAUCGUACUGUCCACUUCAAAGUCAAUCAAACUGUCACUCAUUUGUCUGCGCUCUCUAAAGCUCAAUACGCCGAAAUCGGAUACAAUCCUAUAAGAGACGAAUUUGAAUUGGAAAACGAUUUCGACAACAAUGCUGAGGCCGUCCUUAGCAUUACAUCCGAAUGGAACGACCUUGGAGAUGAUUAUAAUCUUGCCUGUAUCGAUAUGUACUGUGCCCGAUUGUACGAACGUUUAUUGGCGAAAGAAGUCGUGCACGACUAUCAACUAAUGGACAAAUACUUUUGUUCCAAGGACAAACCCAAACGGAGGUUAACAAUAGAGGAGAAGAACAUGCAAGGGAUCGAAAAUCAAAUAAAAAAGUUUAGUAGGAAUUUAUCGGAGAUAGAAUCGUGGUCGUUGAUCAUUCGUUUGCAACAAGAAUAUUUGUUGAAAAAACGACGCGACGAACUCGUCUAUUAUAGGAAAAACGGAAUAACGAAACUAUACGAUAUCAUCAAAUUCAAUCUUUUACACUAUGGAAUGGUUGUGGACGAACAAUCCGAACAGUUGUCGUCCGAUGUUCUCACGCCUGCACCUAUGAUAAAACGCGGUGAAAAGAAGAGGAAAAAGAGAAAGCGGCCAAAAUUGUUUCACAAAAAGAAUCAUGUCUAUCAUCGUACGCCACAAUAUAUUGCCGCUCUCAACAGGGUAUUGACGCAGAACAAUGACUCCGAAGAUAAUUCCGAUUAGUAUACGACACUUAAACUAAAUUAAAUUGUAAAUUGCCAGCAUCGAGCCGUUUGUUGCGGGUCAAUGCGUGACUGCAGUAUAUUAUACUACACUAACGACAAUGUUAGCGUUGUCAUAAUAUUAUAAUACAUUGUACAAUGUACAUAGACUUUUCGGUAUCCGGUUUAGGUUAGAUAAUUUUAUCGCUUUAAUUACACAAAACUUAUAAUGCAUGUUGUAAAAAUUAUUUUAUUAUUAAUUUUUUUUUUAAUUAUAAAAAUAUUAGCAUAAUAGAUUUGUCGCAUAUAAAAAAAAAAU